AGAAAAAACGCAAAAGCACAGGAAUUACGAAAACAACCGGCAAUCAAGGAAAUUUUCGCACCCUACGACGUGUUCCUGUUCGCAUCGCACGACAAAAAGUACGUGAAUCUUGAGCCAGGAUUUUAGCCGUUAGUCGCACCACAUCCGGAGUAAGCGGCACAACUUGACCGGUCAAAACCGGGAAAAACAUGCGGAUCAUUUAAAUUUCGGCAGCAACCAUCCGUAUUGUCCGCUCCUUCAAUCACUCCUGUCUACCCUCACUCGCAGUCAUGGCCGUAUCCUUCUGUGGGAAGCGCCUGCUGCUCACGCGAUCGAAUCUGUUCGCGAACCCGCGACGUCACGGGUACAUCGUGCUCGUACCGGAGAUCGGCGAGGACCUUCCGGAGAAGAACCCACUCGCCAGCCCACACGGGCUGCCGGAGUUUAAUAAUGUCACGAUCGAGAAGUGCGUUGGAGCGAUUGGCCAGCAGGCGAUAGCGGUGGAGAAAAGCGUACGCGGGAUCGAGGAGCGACUGGAGCAGGCCACAACCGGUGUCGCGCCUGCUCUCGAGGACGUCAUCAAGGACAUCAUCAUGCCGCUGGAGGCGACUGGAGCGCCACUCGAGACGACGUGGGGCAUCGCAAAGACACUCUACCUUGGGAACAGUUCGCGUAUGCCCACUAAGAGCUAUCUCACGAUCCAUGAACGUGCACGAGGUGCACGACGGGCGAAGUUUAACAGCCUGCCCAUCUACCGGACGUUGAAGGGUGCGCUCGAGCAGGAUGUGGCCACCCCUAAGGACGGUCUCAGCGGUGAAGAGCGUAGACUGCUGCAGAAGUACGUGCUCGAGGCGAAGCUGAGCGGCAUCGAGGUGGAUGGUUCGUCCAAACUCGAGCUGAAUGAAAUACUCGAAAGGCUGGCGCAGGAGCGCAGCAAGUUCCAGGGCAAGCGAGACGUGGCAGUGAAGAAGUAUCAACAGCUGAUCACCGAUCCGGCCCUUAUGAAGGAGUUCCCGCCAACGUUGCUGCAAUCGCUCGCAACCGACCCCAGCCAAGCGAUGAAGGGUCCGUGGAAAAUCACGCUCCAACCGGCGGUUGCUCAUCGGUUCCUGGAGUACUGCGGUGACCGAACACACCGCUGGAACCUCUGGCAAGCGGACACGCGCAAGUGUUCGAUUCACACGGACAAAUCGCUUGAAAACAGCUCGCACCUGGAAGCGAUUCGGGCACUACGGAAGCGACAGGCGAAGCUGCUUGGAUAUGAAACCUUCGCGCACAUGUCGAUGGAGACGAAGAUGGCCGGUUCGGUGGAGACGGUCCGAAACGCGCUAGAGGAGCUGCACCGAUACGCGAGACCUGCUGCGGACACCGAGUUGGGUGCCCUCGAGCGAUUUGCGGGCGAACAGGGCUUCCGUGGGCCACUUGACAUCUACGACGUACCGUACUGGAAGCGGCGCCAUCUUGCCACUGUACAUCAGUUCGAUCAGGAAGCGUUAAAGGACUACUUCCCGCUGCCACGUGUCCUUGCUGGGUUGUUCCAGCUGGCUGAGGAGCUGUUUGGUGUGCGCAUUGUCGAGCGUGUUGGUGUGGACGUGUGGCACGAGGAUGUGCGUUUUUACGACGUGCUGGAAGCGACUGGUGAUGAGCCGAUUGCUGGGUUUUACACCGACUUUUACUCGCGAGAGGAUGAGAAACUAGCCGUACCGGAUCACACCGGUUGGAUGGUGGGAAUUGGAAACCGCAGUGUAGCGGCUGGUUCGGCUCUCCCACUAGCUGCCCUCAUUUGCAAUUUCCCAGCACCAUUGUAUGGAAAACCGUCACUACUGACGCUCGACGACGUGCAGACGUUGUUCAGCCGUUUCGGCCGGGGUUUGCAACACCUGCUCACGCAUUGCCGAUACAGCGACGUCGCAGGACUUUCGAAUGUCGAGUGGGAUGCCGUCGAAGUUAGCGGGCACGUACUGACACACCUGCUGUACGACGCGCCCACCAUCCAGGCCAUUUCGGGCCAUUACACCAACGAAGAUCCACUGCCGGAACCGUGUGUCGAAGCGAUCCAACGCCGACGUUCGCAUCUUGCUGGUUAUCGGCUGUGUCGCGAGCUGUAUCACGCCAAUCUCGACCUGGAAUUGCACCUGAGCAGCGACUACUGGCUGGAUGUGACUCGUGCGCUCUAUCCGCAGUACCAUCCGUUCCCGUUGGAUCGCAAGGAUGCGCAUCCUUGCUCGCUACUGGCGAUUGCGUCCGGCGAUUGGGGAGCUGCUUAUUAUGGGCAUCUUUGGGCGCGAAUGAUCGCGGCUGACGUGUACAGUGCGUUUGCGGAAGCCAAAGAACCGGAAGCACGGGCAGCGGUGGGGCGUCGUUUCCGGGAGACGUUCCUUGCGCUUGGUGGCGGCACACACCCGGCGGAGGUGUUCCGUCGAUUCCGAGGGCGUGAUCCUUCGCCGACAGCUUUGCUGCAGACACUUGGCAUUUACAAGCCACAGGCUGGUGGUGAACGACCGAAACAGACCCCCGGCAAGGACGAACAGCAUCAGCAGUAAUUUAGCAUUAGUUAGCACACACUCACACAUACACAGACAAACACACAUGCAGGGACACGCCGGCCCUAUGUACAGAGACCGCC